UGAAAAGUUCAGUCCUAGACAAGUGGUGUCUUAUGACCGGACUUUGUCUUAGAAGGCUUUCAAAGAGGAACAUUUUUUAUUCUCGGGAAGACAGCAUGGGAGGAUGGCGUUCCAAACCUGAACCCAACAAUGACAGACCAAGUGCCAGCACACCGGACCCAACAAUUGCCUCUGCCCCCUGCUUCCUGGAACACACCAACAUACAGUAUUUGGUCUUAGCCUUUUUCGCGGGGGUCCUACUGACGCUGCUGCUGCUGGUCCUUAUCUUCCUCAUCAGAAAGUGCUACAGGAAAUGUCACUCCAGUCCCCAGGCCCUGAAUCCUCCCCUAGACCCUCACUCCAGCCGAGAUCCUCUGGCCAAGCUUUCAUCCCUGGAGGAAGCACUUACCUAUGCGAGCGUAGCUUUCAAAAUCUCAGAAGAAAAGAGUGAUCCCCUGACCAAGAAACAUUCUGCACCCUUGGACCCAGUUGUGUAUGCUCCAAUCAAAGUGACAGACUCUCCUUGCCUUUCCAAUGGGGCUUGAUGCCAGUCCCUCUUAUUCUCGGCUCCAUCUUUAUAUAUCACUUUCCCUUAGGACAAAUUCUGGACCACAGCGUGGCCAAACUAGAGUUGGAGCUGUUUGGGUGGGAUCUGGAAAUGUUAGCCAGCAAUUGUGAAGACCGAGGGGGAGUCCUUCUCUUGGCCUGAGAAGAGACUGCCUGCCCUCCUGCUUGGACGGACAGCCUGCUAGCCCUUUGAGGGCUGAGACAGCCUCCCUGGUCCCCUUCCAAAGUGUGUGGUACAGAGCCCAGCACACAGAGUGUUCAGUCAGUGCCACUGACCAACUUGGGAGAAGUCAGCCAAAUGGGCAAGUUAGCAAGAUUUACAAAUAAAAGC